AUGUUUCAGACACUAUUAAGAACAAUAAGGAGUUUAAAAAUGAGAAAUUAAAUUAUAUUAGCUAACAUAAUAUUUCUAAUUAUUGUCAUUUCAUUACCAAUAUCAGCAUUUUAUGCUUAAUCAAAAAUAUUUUCAUAUAUCUCAACUCACUCAACUGAACUAUUACAAGUAAAGUAAGAUAAAACUCAACUUAUAUCUAUUGGAAAGAUGUUAAUGAGAAGAGUGGCUUUAUAACAUAUAUAAGGUAUAUAUAAAUAUAUUGUAAAUAUUAAGUGAUAAACAAUUUGGCUUCUAUUUCAAAUUCUUACAAUUAUUUUGAAUACAAUAACAUUACUAUAGAAUUAGAAUCUCCUUUAGCUCCAUGUGUUCCAAUUUCAUAUUUAAUAGGAGAUAACUAUUUCAUCAAUUAUGAAUCUUAUUGCUAUUAAGCAAAUGGAAUAAAUGAUUCAAUUACUUUACCAAAAAAUGACACUAGAAUUCAAUCAAUUCAUUCCACAAUAACUUUAUUAAGUGGAUACUCAAUGAUUUUUGGAUUAGAUAUAGUAAGAUUAAAACAAUAUUUUCAUAUUGGUGCUAAUUCUAACAUUUAAUAUUUGGCAACAUAUCCUGUAAGUUAUCUAACUAAAUCUUAUAAUGUACUAAAACGACCUUGGUAAUAGUUAAAUAUCAUUUAGGUAUUAGAAUCAUGUUUAAGCUUUUGCUCAGAAUCCAGAUCUGAAUAUUACUUACACUCCUCCAUUUAAUCAUUUUCUCUCUUAAACUUUAGAAGUUUCUAUUUGUUAUUCAAUUAAAUCAUAAGCUAAGGAGCUCAUUGCAGUUGCUAAAACCCAGAUAAGAUUUGACUCAUACAUGAUUCCAUAGAUACCCUAUAAUUUAUUAUUAUUAGAUAAAACUGGUGUUAUCUUAUAUAGUAAUAUAGAUCAAUAAUUUAAUGAUUCAUAGUCAAUCUAUGUAUAUGAUUAGAGUAUAACAGGUUUUAAUAAAACUGAUUGGUUAAUAAUAUAGGAAAAUUCUUUAAGAAACAAUUAAACUCCACAAGUAUUCUAUCAUAAGUUAUCAAAUCUAUCUGUGUAUCUUAUUACUUUUUAACUUCCUAAUCAAGAAUAUACUCUCAUCAUGUAUUUUAUAAUAUAUAAUUUUGAGAUACUCAAAUAUUACUACUACAAUAGAGAUUUAAGAGAGAUUAGAUGAAAAAAAUUAAGAAUUAAAUGUAAUCUUUAUGAAGAUGAUAUUAUUUCAAUUCUCUUUUUCAAUUUUUCUUAUGUUCCUUGAGUUUAUUGUAAUAGUACAAAUUUUCGCACCAAUUUAUAGACUUACAAUGGAAAUUAGACAACAUACAUUACGUGUAGGGAAUAACAUUAAUAGAGAAAUAUUUAAGUUGAUUAAUACUCAACCAGUAGGUAAUCAAUUUUAAACACUUAAACAUAAAAUGCUAAAUAUAGAAAAUUUAAUUAAUGGUAAUUAAAAUAAUAAGAGUUAAAUUUGUAAAAUUUAUGAAUAAAUUAAAUACAAUAAGAAAGAAAAGCCUUUCAGAAUUAAAUAAUUAAGAAAUGCAACACAAGAUUUAAAAGAUUCUUAGUACUAGCUUAAAUAAAAAAUAAAGAAUAUAAUAAAACUUCUAUUCAUUAAUGAUGAAACUAUAAAUAAUUGA